UGCCGUGUUUUCAACAAGUAGAGCGCCCUGGCGGUUCGUGUGCUCAUGGAGCGUGCGCUUGGAGCCGGAGCACGGAACGCUUGCAGAACGGUUCGCUUUCGCUGCGGCGCCAACUUCCGUAAUAUUCCCGGCUCGGGUUGUAGUGCGUGCAGUUCGUAUGCAGAGCGCUAAACGCUUCCGCGCGUGUGUGUGUGCCCAAGCCACAUUUUAACUUCCGUACGACCACCCUUUCUUAAGCCCUUGUGUCUGGUAGUGGGGUUUCUAAAGUGAUGCUAUAAAAAUUUCUUGCAAAAAAUUCAAAAAUUUAAAUGUGAUUUAGUGGAAGUGUAUGUGAUCGGUGCUGGUUGUGAGCAAGUUUGCCGGAGAAAGCUCUGCCCCACGUUGUAUAUUUUUGUUAAACAGUAAGGAGGAAGAGCGCACUCUAGGAUACGAAAAAAAAAAUUAGGCGGAUAUAAGAGGACAAUAAGCCACACGAUCAACUAUAACAAUCAAAGCAGGAACAGAAUAAACGGAUUAAACUAUAAGCACUGGAGAGCGCUUGUGAGAGCUUUUCAACUCUAUCGUGGUGAACAUCGUGGUCCACAUCAAGGGCGACCCGUUGUGAUGCUGUGGAACGCUGGUUGGGCGACUAUCAGAACUUAGGAUAGCUAGUGCUGUUUGUGCUCUAUAAUUCUGCCCAUCAGUUAAGAUUUGAAUAUUUGUGCAAGAUAUCUAGGUAUUAAGUGUGUAGUGUCACUAACAGGCUGCAGAGAAGAAAAAAAAGCCGAUGUACAGAGGGUUAAAAUGUCAUUACAUCAUGGCCCUUAGUUACUAGCAUAUCGCACCCGUAGAUGAUGUUUAGCGGUUAGAGAAGGUCAAACGAGGGGGAGAAAAAAAAGUAAAGCACGGUCAAACUACACACGGACACCCGCCAAUAAGGAAGAAUACGAAUUGAAGUAGUGUGUUGGGUGUUAAACCCGCCGGCCGGAAUAAGUGAGGCGAAUUAUUCCAUAAGCUCAAUCAAAGGUAGCCAGCUGCUGCAGUGUACCGUGUGCAGUGUUUGUACCAUGUGGCGAGGCUCUAGUGGGGCAACGAGCGGUGGUGACGUACGUACGGAACGCGACGCACCGUUGCUGUUGUCAACCGUCACGUCGUUGAUCGCGAGUCCACGGUCACAUCUGGCCGGGCGCGACGCAACCCAUCGCACCCUGACACUACCGGCCAGCGUCAGCACCACGCUGCUGAACAUGUCCCACGAGCUGAUGCCGGUGCUGGUGGCCGAAAACGAGACCGACCUGCUGCCGGCGGACGCACUGGACAACCUGACCGAGCUGUACGGACCGAAGCGGGACCCGCUGUACGUGGUCAUACCGAUCACGGUCGUCUAUCUGCUGAUCUUUCUCACCGGUGUCGUCGGCAACAUUAGCACGUGCAUCGUGAUCGCCCGCAACCGGUCGAUGCACACCGCCACCAACUACUAUCUGUUUAGCCUGGCCGUGUCCGACUUUCUGCUGCUCGUGUCCGGCGUACCGCAGGAGAUCUACUUCAUCUGGAGCAAGUACCCGUACGUGUUUGGCGAAACGUUCUGCGUGCUGCGCGGCAUCGCGGCGGAAACGUCCGCCAACGCAACGGUGCUCACGAUAACCGCGUUCACCGUCGAGCGGUACGUUGCGAUCUGCCACCCGUUCCUGUCGCACACCAUGUCGAAGCUGAGCCGGGCGAUACGUUUCAUCUUCGGCAUCUGGCUCGUUGCGAUCGUGUCGGCGGUCCCGCAGGCGCUCCAGUUCGGUGUCACCAACCAGGGCGGUAUCGAUCAGUGCGUGGUGAAGCGCAUCAUCAUUCAGCACUCGUUCGAGCUGUCAACGUUUCUGUUCUUCUUCGCACCGAUGACGCUCAUCACCGUGCUGUACGCGCUGAUCGGGCUGAAGCUGCGGUCCUCCACGCUAAUGCAACGGGACGGUACGCUGCAGCGUCGCAACAAUGUCGUCCCGAGCUCCCGCCAGACGUCCGCCAACAGUCAGGGUACCAGGCGUGUCCUCAAAAUGCUCGUGGCUGUGGUUGUGGCGUUCUUCCUCUGCUGGGCACCGUUCCACGCGCAACGGCUCGUCUACAUCUACGGCGUCGACAAGGACCAUCAACCGUCCGACCCACUGAUCCUGAAGCUAUUCGUCGUCACCACCUACAUCUCCGGCAUCCUGUACUAUCUAUCGACGUGCAUCAAUCCGCUGCUGUACAACAUCAUGAGCAACAAGUUCCGGCAAGCGUUCAAGGAGACGCUGGCCAACUGUUGUCAAAUUGCGCGUCAAUCAAAUAGUACGGAGCGAUCAUACCGAAUAUUGCCUCGACGGGAACGACGUUCUGCUGCAAACAAGGAAUCUUCCGAUAUCUCAGGCAAUUCCCUUAAAGACGAAAGCCUGUACUCGUCCUCUACUCAGAAACAAUCCUUCGACUCCAUAACGUUAUCCCGCGGCCAGUCACUUAGGCGCACGUCGUCGACCACGGUGGUCGGUAUGCAGGAAAGCGUCCUCUCCUCGCCGAUCACCUACCCCUCCCUCUACCACAACAACCACCAUCACCACCAUAACUCCCUUCACCACCACCACCACCCCCAUCAUCACCACAAUCCCCUGCACCAUCAUCCGUCGCACGGGUAUGGGCCGUACGGACAUCAGCACCCAUUCGGUCCACCGUCGUACGGGGAUAAAUCGGUCCCGGCCACCAACGUGCUAGUCGCCGGCAAACCGGGCCGUCCCGAGCUCGACCUGUACACACGUGAGCGCGAACUGCAGCUAAACAUCUUCGCCUCGUCGAUAGAACCCUGUCCGGGCGUUGGUGGUGGAGUUGGUGGCGGCGGCGGUGGUGGUGGUGGCGGCUGUGGAUCAAGCAAAGCCUCCGACCAGCUCGGCGAUCAAACGCUCAAGCGCAUCAGCAUCCAGGUGAAUCAGAUCAGCGAACGGGGACUGGGUGCACGUGUCGUGCGGCUCUCGGACCGGAAGGGCGAUCGGCAACCGGAACCCCGCACCGAUCGGCUCCAUCUGCUCUGCAAGCAACCGGCCGGUCAGGACGAUCGGAUCGAAAUCUUCGUCCGGAACAGGCACCGGCAGCAGCAGCGCAGCCGUACGCGGCUGUGGCGCUUCUUCCAGCACGUCCGUCCACUGCGCAAUUCGGCCGGCACUAGUCUCGGGCGGCAGAAGCCGAAGGCGUCCGGCGGCGGUCCCGGUCCCGUCGUACACUUCUACGACGAUCCCGUCUCGGAGCUUACGCCAGCGUUGGCCGAGGGACGAUUCCUUGCCAACAAACGUCGCCUAGCUGGCGGUGACGAUGGUCCGGACAGGGUGCGCGAAAAUCACUCCGCACUCGACGACGAUCUGGAGGCGUACAUGCGCGAGAUAAAGCUACGCGAGUCGCUCAUCCGCUAGUCGGCAGCAUCCUCGUUGUGCGGUCGGUUGAAGCGCACGCGGUCAUUUUUGUGCUGCAAACAGUAGUUACUGCCGACCUCAAUUUCCAGUUCCAGUGUGAUGCACCGGGCCACGCUCGUUGGCUACCGGGCACUGGGAAGAUUUUGCACGCCCGCAGGACUUGGCUGUUGAUGUACAAUCUAAACUUCUUCAUUCCAAACAAAACCGCACAACAAACGAUGGUAAACGAACAAGCCAAAGUACGCCUGAAAAAAAAACUGGAAGAAAAAAUUGAGGAAUGCAGCUAGCCAGCCAUAUCGAGUGAGGUAUCAUCCCCCACCGAUUCUGAACUCUGGGCUAGAAAAUUCCCUUCCCGUUUUAGCUUUAUUUUAUUUAAUUUUGCAAGACAGAUACUAUGCAUGUCUAAGCUACCGAGAAAGAGAGCAACAAAAAAAAAACCGCCCCUUAACCAAGGGUAAUAGCAUAAGUAGAUUAUACUUACUUUAGCCAAACAAAUCCCCUGGAACGCACCUCUCAGAAACUCUCCGAGUUCAGUACUGAUGUGUGGGUGUGUGAGUGUGUGUAUGUCAUCGUCAAGUCAGAUUAAAACUACUAUACAAUAAAAUAUUUAACUACAGGAAGGAUAGGUUGCAGGAAACGGUUAGACAACAAAGUCUACCAAGGCUACUACUACUACUACUACAGCUACAGACCGAGGCAAAGGUUUUGCUCAGCUGACAUUAAUAGCUAAUUUAACAGGCGAGCUCUGCUCGCUGCCAAUCAAUCAUAUUAAGCAUCGUAAGGUGUGCCGGACUCCCCACUACUGGAAUGUCAUCUCCCUCACAUGUGCUUGGCCCGAAACGUAUUUUGUCUAACGCCAUGAUUACUGUUAUGACUAGAUAUGAUGAUGAUUAUUAUUAUUAUCACCGUAAGUGUUAAAGUAAUUGGAAAUGCUCUUACACUUUCAAUCCCACUCCCACCCACCCACCCCAUUACAUCAAUGGUGUAUCUGUGUAUAUCUGUAUGUCUGAUAGGAAGUGAUGAAUGCCGAAAAUAAGGAUGCGUUGAAUGCGUUGGAUGGCAAACACACACACACACACAGAAAAAAGGGGGAUAUGAAUAAUCCAACGGUCCGGAGACCAUCCAAUUCAUUCAAACGAUGCCGUUACGCAAGGCCACCUUGUUUACCCAUUUAUGCAAAUGUAUGCUUAUGUAAAUACCGUACCCACACACACACACACACCAACACAGGACGGGCAAAAGCUUUCAGCUCGCUCUGCUGUACCGAAGCUAAUCCGGGGGUAGAAGGAAGUUUGGAAGAAUAUUAUCGGUUCGGGAUGCUAACACGCUAGACGGCGGCUACUCCCAUCCAAUUGAAGUGUAAUGUAAUUUUCCCCCGAAAGAAAGAUUAAUGCCGUAGGCAAAAUGGACGCUAGAGCACGAUGCAACCGGUGGUACAAACAUAUGGAGUGAAUAGAACGCAGUAAGGCAAACAAAAUGGUUUCAGAACGAGAAAGUUUACCCCGAGUGAGAGAGAGAGAGAGAUAGAAUUUUGAGUCCCUAAUGUGAGCGCCAAAAAAAAAACUUACCCGAGCGCUAGAUGUACGUAAACUGUAUUUUUACAUUGAAGUUGUAAUAAAGAUUAUAUCUCUAUGCAUGUGAUUAUCAACGUGCUGUGCUUGCUGUAA